CCGCGAGCCCGCCGGCCGCUUCCGCUCUCACGCAAGCGCAGCAGCCGGGCAGCGGACGCCGCCGGCGGCAGGAUGGUCCUGGACAGCGUGGCCCGCAUCGUGAAGGUGCAGCUGCCCGCCUACCUCAAGCAGCUCCCGGUCCCCGACAGCAUCACCGGGUUCGCCCGCCUCACAGUUUCAGACUGGCUCCGCCUACUGCCCUUCCUCGGGGUACUUGCGCUUCUGGGCUACCUCGCAGUGCGCCCAUUCUUCCCAAAGAAGAAGCAACAGAAGGAUAGCUUGAUCAAUCUUAAGAUACAAAAGGAAAAUCCCAAGGUGGUGAAUGAGAUAAACAUUGAAGAUCUGUGUCUCACCAAAGCAGCUUAUUGUAGGUGCUGGCGGUCCAAGACGUUUCCUGCCUGUGAUGGAUCCCAUAAUAAGCAUAAUGAAUUGACAGGCGAUAACGUGGGUCCUCUCAUCCUGAAGAAGAAAGAAGUAUAGCAGUGGCCAUUUGAGAUGAAACUCUGACAGAGUGUUUCCAUGUGUGUUGUGCAUAGAAAAGUCUUUGGAAGUUUUAACUCUCAGUACUGGUUGAAUAAUUAUUUCUGCCAGUUAUUUUCUUGCUACACUACUGCUUAUAUUUGGUACUUUAUAUAGUCAGUCAUUUCUAUAGAAAUCAGAUGGUCAAGUCUCAUUCUGAAAUUAAGUUUAAUGUGUCUUUCAACAAUAAAGUCAGCACUUCAGAUUUUAAUUAAUUGGGAAUUUAAAGUUUGACUGUGGGCCAAAAGUUAUUUCUUUGUAUAUCAGUAUUUCAACAGAAUACAUAGUUUUAAAAAAAUUAUCCUUUGUUCUGUUAAAUGUAUCUUUAUAUUGUCUUGUUUUGCUCAUUUGAAGUCAUUUGCCAUUUUUUUGGCCUUUUGUGGAACUCUGCUGCUUUUAGAAGAAUUAUGAAAAAUAAUUGCCAUCAACAAUAUUUUGAGGCAGUAAAACCCCUUGUUUUAUAGAGACUUUCAUCUUAUUACCAUGAUUAUCCCAAUUUCUAAAAAGUAAAUCAGAUAUAAAAAUUUCCAAUUAGAAACAAUUAUUUUCAUCAUAAAAAUGGUUCACCUUACAAAAGCCUUGUUGUGUGUGUGAGGGUGUGAGGGUGUAUAUGUGUGUGUGAGUAUGUGUGUGUGUGUGAGAGAGAGAGAGUAUGUGUGUGUGUGUGUGGUGCUUAACUUGGAGACUGCUGGGUGGCAAGAGCACUCAUGAACUAGAGUUUGAAGAUCAGUUAGAUAUUAAAUAACUGAAUUUGCAUUAAAAUGAUGCAUAGUUCAUUGCUCAAAAUUAUGUUUUAUCUUUUCUGUUGUAAAUUAUAGAGAAACGGCAACAGGAUAUUAAGUUCUUGUAUUCUAAUGGAUUGAAUUUGUACAUACUGAGAGAAAAUAUUUUGAUCUUUUUUAAAAGAGAUAACUCUUGUUGUAUUUUUUUAACGUCACAAAAUAUAGAUCAAACACUUGUGGGCAUAAUGACAGAAAAAAAGUCUGGAAGGACCAAGGACUAUGACUAUGACACAGCAUGGUCCACUUGCACGGAUAAGGACGAGGACUUAGCAAAGGUUGCUGCUUUUACUCUCUAUUUCUCUUCCCCCCCCCCCCCCCCCGCAACAAACCUUUAUAUGCUUUGCUUUUAAUUGAUCUUUUCUUAAUUGAGGCUUUGAAUAGAAUCGUCAUAGCACAGUUAAGCUCUUUAGGCCCGAGUGAUAAGACCUGAUUGAUUGUCUAAGGAUAGGGUGGAGCCAGCAGGGCAGGAAGCAUCAUCACAAGUGGAUUAGACAGAGGCUGUUCGAGGAGAGGAAGCCACACACGUGUUACAGCAAAUACUGAAAAAACCAAAACACCAACAGUCCUUUCACGUCUGGCUCCUAAGUGAAAUGACACGUCAAGGGCAAGGUAGGCUAAAUAAAGAAGGUGGGCUUUAAGUAUGUACUUCAGUUCUGCCGUGUUCCCCCAGAAGCAGGGUAAAAGCAAGACAGUUAAAUCUGGGGACACUCACCUGUCUGCCUGCUGGAGUAGAUGGACCAUCUCUAGGAUUUCUUCUUUAUUAAAUGAGCACACAGUAUGCCUGGUACCACAUGAAUUCUGUUUGUUCUCUUUCUUUAGCUAUCCUAUCUAGCAGUUUGAGAAAGACUAGUGAUGGCAAGCUAAAAAGGAAAAUGAUUACCAGUCAACUUGUCACAAAAUUAAGUUACACUGACACAGUUUGUAGUCUUAGUUUGUGUAUUGUAAAGUGUAAAUAAUGUUAAAACAGACAGACAUGUUUUAGAAAGACUUAUUUCAUGUGUAUGAGUGCCUGUCUGCCUGUCUGUGUGUCUGUCUGUGCACCAUGCACAUGCCUGGUGCCCGAGGAAGCCAGAGAGAAUGUUGGAUCCCUGGAACUGGAAUUAACAGAUAGUUGUGAGCUACCAUGUGAAUACUGGGAACUGAACCUGGUCUCCUACAAGAACAUCCAGUGCUAUUAACAACUGAGCCAUCUCUCUAACCCUAUAAAACUUUUAAUAAAAGAGGUUAUGAUUGGUUUGAAGUAGCAACUGAAAUGUGGAAGGAAGUAUUCCGAAAGGCAGAAGUGGUACAAAGCCGUGUCUGCUCACUCCACUCAUGGUACUGAGGAUGGAACCCAGGGCCUCCCACACCCUGGCAAGAGCCCUUCACACUGAGCUCCGUCUUGAGUUGUAUCUUUUCAAUAGCAUAAACCAUUGAGACAAAAUACAAGAAAGUUUUCCAUAUAGGUUUACUGGAAUUUUUGAAUUAUUUGUGAUUUUAGCCUACUAUCAGAAGUCUCUUUAGUUUUAUUUUACAAGUCUCAUGUAAGAGCUAUUCUUAAACUAUUAAAGAUACAACCUACUCGUUCA